UUUUGGGUUUUUUUUUUCCUUGUCGUUUCGUGGUGCUAAAAAGCUGAGUUGGGGACUGAGGAGGGUGUUAUACCAUUGUCCAUUGCUUUCGUGAAAAACACUAUCUCAUGGCUGCCAUCCCCUCUUACUCUCUACUCAGGAAUUGCGCGACCACCACAGCAAGAGCUUUUGCGUUAAAAGCUUCUAAUCACAACAACUUCACAAAGAUCCUUCUUCCUCUUCAACCACGCAGAUUCUCGUGUCGUACUAAUGCUACAAAUAAUGAAGAGGCUGCUGCCAAGGCAGCUGCAGUGGAUGCCGAUACUGGAGCUCCCACCAUAUUUGACAAGAUCAUAGCUAAGGAAAUCCCAGCGAGCAUUGUAUAUGAGGAUGAAAAGGUCCUGGCAUUCCGGGAUAUCACCCCACAGGCUCCUGUUCAUGUUUUAGUCAUUCCUAAGUUGAGGGAUGGACUAACGCAGCUUGGAAAGGCUGAACCAGGGCACGUGGAAAUACUUGGUCAACUUCUCCAUGCUGCAAAGUUAGUUGCAGAGAAGGAAGGUAUUCUUGACGGGUUUCGUGUUGUCAUUAAUAGUGGUCCAAGUGCCUGUCAAUCUGUUUAUCAUCUCCAUUUGCAUGUCCUUGGAGGAAGGCAGAUGAAAUGGCCACCUGGUUGAAAAAGUAUCUGAAGCUCAUUUGAAUCAAGACUUAUUCAUUUGCUUUCCUUUGAAAAGCUUUUCCCCAGAACCUCGAGAAAAUCUGGACCUAAAGCUUGGUAAUAUGAAUGGACUUUUCUUCUUUGCUAAUGAUUUUCGAUUGCUUGUGUCGUUUACAUGGCUUGGAUGGGACUGAAAUGGGGAUAAUGGACCCAGAGGGGUUCUCUUACUCCUAGAUGGUGUAGGGUUGAUUUCCUCAAGGCCACCUACCUAGCGAAUAAUCAUGAAUUUCUUUCCUCCCAAAGAUUGUUGGGUUUGGCGGAGCUCCGGUUUGAACCCGACUCCAAUAAUAGUUUCUAAGGAAUUCUAAAAUUUGAAAA